AUGGUGCGUAAAGCGUUGAUUGUACCGAGUAUAAUCAUGUGGGCGGCCGCGGCGCUGGCGCUUUGGGCGGCCGGCGUGGGCGCCGCGCGCUAUGACAGCGCUACGCCGCACACCCCGCCCUACACGAAGUACAAAUACAUACCUUUGCGAUCUUCAUACGACCGUUACGACCCUGACGACUUAACCUCAUCUCCCCCCGCGGAUCCCCCGGGCGGCACCGUGGUCGGCUCGGGCGGCAUGGCGUCCUCGGAGUUCAUAUUGACGGCACUACGCACUGCCUUGGAUGUUGUGCGCAAUAUCAACAAGCAGCGCGCGCUUGCCAAGCCCAAGAAUAACACGGCUCUAAUGCAACGACGGAGAAAAGUAAAUGUGACAUCCAAUGAGAGCGGGCGCGGCUUUGAAGACUACUACGACGAACAUCACCACUACGAGACGACCACGACCACCACCCCCAAACCCAUGAAGCAGGGUCGGUACACAGACCCCUGGGCCGGCUACUACGACUGGAUCAUCAACGAGGGCUCCUUCAAGUUCUGGAGUGUCUUCCAGCUUUUCACCGCUGCUCUUCUAUUGUACGCGUGCUUCUCUGCCAUUUACUAUGCGAAAUUCAACCCUAUUAUUCCGGACUAUGACCGGGAAUACGAUGAUUAUUUCCUGGAGCGGACAGUGGGAAGACAAGCCAGGAGUUUGGAUUCGAUGGAGUCUUGGGAGCUACCCUCUGGUCUAAGUUGGAUAAAUCCAAGGACCUUCCAGUUCAUUUUAGAUGCUAUUUCAACACAUUAUGAGCAAGAAUAA